UAAUUACCUAGUACUACUAGGUACUAGGUAGUGUAGGCGAACAUUGAAUUAAUUGAUUGCCCUUUACACCUACCUACACAUUAUAUCCGCAUCACCUCUCGUCUCAGCUUCAGCAGUCAGUCAUGUCCAAUAGCCCCGAGGACCUCCCAGCCGCAUCUCCCAUGCCCCCACAAGCGCCUCCCUCGCCGCCGUCGUCCACGCCUUCGCCCAUCGCAGCAUACGUCAAGCCGCAGCCGCGGGCGCCUCGGUCGCCGGCCCAAGCGGCGCAGAUCCGGGUCCAGAAUCGGAGGCGCGAGUAUCUUGAGCGGAACCCGAGGUACUUUGCGUCCCUGGAGCAUGAGCUUGCUGACCCUCUCCUCUACGAUGCCCUCAUCCGGCGCUUCCAAUCGCCCGAAGAGCGGGAGACCGAAGGGCGCACGAAAGGGUACUCGCGGGUCCUAGAAGUGGACCUCCUCCGCGGCGAGGCCAAGCUCGCCCAGCUAACCUCCCAGAACCAGCACCAGCACCUCCCCCCUCCCCUUUCCACCCCCUGGCUCCCCGCAUCCGCAACCGUAGAUGCAGACGCGUAUAUCCGAGAAUACGCCAACGGGACCGACGGCCUCGGGGACGAGCGCAGCAACUUCACCCCCACCGCCACUAACAGCAAUCCCCUGCUCCCGCAACAGCCCGAGUCAAAAGACGAAGGCCGCGCGCGCUGGGACAACUUCCUGCGCCGGCGCUUCGUGCUCGGGCGUGACGAGGACUUCGACUACCGCCUCGUGGACGAGAACGACGACCUGGACGCGCUGGAGCGCCGCGAGCUGGAGGAUGCGUGGUUCGAUGAUGAGGAUCCGGAUUGGGCUGUCGACUCUCCUUUUGUUGCUGACCACCACCUUCAAGAAGGAGGAGGAGGGAGGGUUGACGGUGGUGGUGGGAAGAGGUUAGUGGGGGAGACUGGUAUCCAGGAUUUUUGAGGAUGGAAUAGGAAGUUUGGUGUUCUGAUACCACCUAUCAACCUAACGGUUGUGUACUAACUAAUAAUACCUCUGUAAACGACGCGAAGUUAUAAGAGAGACGGCGCAGGUGCUGACGCAAGAGUAAGAGCAAGAGCAAUGUUGACUUUAUGCUCUAUCACUCCUCCCCACCUUUCUCAUGUGCGACGUGUGCUUGCGCUCUAGCUUACGAUAUAUGAAUACCUGAGCAAGAAAAGGGGGUCUAUCGCCCCAGCCUUUACAGCUCUAGGCGCGCAUGGUUUCGUUCGUUGUGGCAGAGUACCUAGGUGCUCAUAUUAGCAGGGUAAGCAUUACGAUAUUAUAGAUGUACCAAGGAUUGGGAAAGCCCCUCGAAGGAACUGGGAUCGCAGGAUUUUAGGUUUUCUUUGGCGUUAGGCUGAGCAUUUCACAGUGUCGAAGUCACAAGA